AUUUUUCAACAAUGCCCGUCUGCUUUGUUUUUCAAUUUUUCAGUCACUAUUUUUGUUGGUUAGGGUUGUCUGUGAAGGGCGCUAAUUAUUAAACAAACCCUUCUUUUAGCAAAACCUUGCUGUUAUUACAUAAUAGUAAAGUUUGUUACAUCUGUUUGUUAAAAAUCAUAUCAUACACGAUGGCAUCAAAACUAUCAUGCACAUUUUUAUUGGCCUCAAAACUUUUAAAAUCCCAAAAGGCACUUAGCUACAGCUUUAAACCCAAUAUCUGCGAAAAUCUGUUUAAGGGUCACAAUAUUAACUUCAAUGUUGGUGUGCAAACCAGACAGUUUUCAAAAUCUGCCCAGAGCAUAGAUGGUAACUUAGAAAGUUCAAGAGAGCAAAAGAAUUUAAAGAGAGUAUAUUAUGGGCAAUUGUCACCGCAUAUGCGAGCAGUCAAGUUGUUCUCUUUGUCAAGCAGUAUAGUGGGCAUCACAAUGCAGCCUUUCCUGUAUAAAGAAAUUGUGUCAACAGGAAAUGUUCCUAUUAUUUUGGCAGCAUAUUCAUUUAUAGGUUUUUUUACAGUUGUAACACCUUUUUUGUUACACUUUAUUUCCAAAAAAUAUGUGCUGGAGCUGCACUAUAAUGAGGAUAAGGACACAUUUAUUGCAAAAACCUUGAAUUUGUUCUGUGUGAUUAAAGAGACUGAAUUCAAAGUUGAAGAUGUUGAUGUCCCAGAUGUGCCAGGAAUGUUCUCCACAUUUAAUGUUAAAGGAAAGCCACUGUUUGUAGAUCCGCGAAGCUUUGAUUAUCCCGAAUAUUAUGCAAAGCUUAUGGGCUACGAUAAGCCUAUGGAUUUUAAACUUAGUAGUACAGAAGAUAGAGGUUCUGAUAAAUAAACUGUGAUUUGUAUAUAAAAAUAAAGUAAUAUAAAGUUUAAAAAUACUAUAAA